AUGGCUGGAGAGUUUGCCGAGAGUCAACUGCCCUCAGCAUUCCACUCAGAUCCAAACGGUAUGCUACGAACAACAUGCCCCCGUCACUCCAUCGAUUUACAGAACGACGACGCUUUGAGUUGUACUUACAAUUGUUUCGACAGUUCACGAUUCGUGAAGAAUUUUCAGUUUGUACAAGACGAGGAGAAUCGUCGCACAACCCAGGGGCCUCUGGGAGCAACAGAGCUUCCGGGAUCAGGUUCGAACACCAGGGCUACGCUUCUGUCACUUCCUGGCGGCAUGAUCAAAACGCUGUUCGUUUUUCUAAGAUUCGAGGACACGGUCAAGAGAGUUCACAAUGCAGAGGCAGGCAAAGAGAGCCGCAUGGGCAACAUGGGCGGUACCAGCUGUGCGUAUGCUUCAGGCCUGUAUGGGGGAACAACGACAUUCAUUUGGUCUCCGACAACCCAUUCACACAUCCGACCUUCACAAGCCACUGGAAAUGGGAUCUUGGCGUCUAAUCAGCGCGAGUUGGGAAGUGAUCUGUGCCGGGAAGGUCUGAUACCGACCGCUCUUGUAAGUACGUCUUAUUUCCACACUCAAUACCCGGGGAACUGUAGCAAGAACCAGUCGGUCCUGUCGCAGAGCCGAAAUAGCGAGGAGCUGCUGUCUUGA